AUGCUCAUCUGGAAGCGGAAACAACAUGUUUUUGCUCACAUUGACCCUGAUCAACUAAUGCUAUGGAAGGUCGAAGGCCUUAGCGAAGGAAACAGGAAGUGGGAAAUACUCGAGACGAAGUCAUAUUCCGAAAUUGAUAUCAAGCAAGAAUUCGGAGGCGAGAAGUUGUUCUCAACUAUAAAGUUUAGAAAAGUUUUUCCAGGCAUACUUCCUGAUAAUGCCGUCCAUAUUAUCGUACAAUUGCCCAGAAUCACUGGUGAAUCACUUUUCGUCCCAAUGAAACGACCGGGUGAAUAUCAAAUUUAUAACCGUGAUCCUAUUGCUCCUCUUGAGAGGAAAUUUUGGAAUGAACUUUCUGAAGCGCAAAUUGUCUUUAAAUUGCCAGAUAAUAUUUACACAACUACGUUCAUGUCAGGACCAUUAUCAGAGUACAUGAGUGUUAAAGGGAAAGAAAUUAUUCUGAGUAAUCAUGUAAUGUUAAAUGCGCAAGAUGAGCUAAUACUCAACAAUGGUGAACUCGUGAUAGUGGAAUCAAAAAAGAUUACAAUGAAUUUUGCGAAAUUUCUACGUUUCCGUAAAUCACCAGAUGGAAUAGUCUUUGGAAUAUCAACACAGGAUAUAUUAAUAAAGAGAUCAUACUUGCAAAUUGAUCGUAAUGAAAAGGACGCAAAAGGGUAUAUCAUAUAUGAACAACCAUUCCAAGAAAAUUCCCUUGUUAUUCAUAUCAAAUCAAACGUGAGUGUAUUCAAAAUUUCUAGUUUCAAAGUGGAAUACCCACCAGUCAAGGAGUUAAUUGUGCGGUGGGGAUGUAUACCACGACGAGUUUUUAAUGAAUAUAAUUACGAACCGAAUGUUGAUGAUGUAGUCUCUCAAUGUGAUGCUUAUGCUUAUCUUAAAAAUGAUGGGGGAGACUUAAUUGACAAUUAUUCUGGAAAAGCCAUACAUAUUAUUCCUAAUUCUGAUUUUACAAAUAAAAAAUAUGUUCCCGCUUCAACAGAAAUAUCUGGCAAAUUCUUUGAAAUGAUGGUACAUGAUAUCUUGCGAAAAGGUGAUGAUUUUGCUGUGCGACGCUUAAUCAAAGAUGGUGUUAAACAGCCCGAAGAACUUCAUCUUAAAAAUGUGGCACACAAACAGUUUCGUAAUAUUGAUGAAAUAGCUCCUGAUACAAAUUUUGAAUCUGUUGGUGCUAUUGCGCCUCAACGUAAUGGAAUUCAUCAUUUGUAUCAAAUGACAACUGCAGAAACACAGAAGUAUGUUACAUCAGGAAACACAAAAUAUUUAGGAUGGCAUUUGACGCAUACUGAAUGGAUUAGGGAUAAUGUGAUUCAAUAUGUUCUCCUGAUCAAUUUGUCCGAUUUUUAA